AUGGAUGGAGAGACAGAACAUGAAGAAAAUGAGGUGAAGAAUGACACAGAGAGGGAGGCGUCAGAGGAUUCCUCCAAUGAGAAGGACAACUGUCCUUUAACUGUUAAUGGAGAUGAAGAAGGAGAUGUCCCAGCUGAAGUGGGUGCAUCACAUCAUGAAGAGGAAAACUCUGAAAGUGUGAAAGCUCCUGAGGAGCUCCCUGCUGAAGCUGCCACCUCUGAGCCAGAAGAGAACAGUGGAGACGAGCUCCCUGGUCAAAGUAAAGAUUUGCAGAUAAACAUGAAUGAGGUCAAUGAUCAAACUGUGUUCCAGGAGGAGAGUGUUGUUUUUGAAAUCAACAGCAGUGAUGAUGAUGAUGGACCUCCCAGAAUGCAUCUUGAGACCCCGGACAGAGAGGUUACCAGUCCUGCACACGAAGAGGAGAAGGAGGCUGAAGAAGAGGAGCUGACUGCUGCCUCUGCAGAAAAUGAAGACGUUAGCUAUGAGAACUACAUGCAGCUCCUCCAGGAGCUGCGUGUGGAGAGAGAUAUAGCCAGCCAGCGCAGCAGCCAGCUGCAGAUGAAGUUGGCAGAGUAUCUCCGCAAGAAGGCCGGGGACGGCGCCAAGCUGGAGAGGGAGAUGCCGGCGGCAGAGCAGCUGCAUGAGUAUGAGAAGUACAUCAACAUCCUGAAUGAUGUGAAACAGCAGCUCGCCGCCGAUUCAGAGACAGCCCAGCAGCAGGCAGAGGAGCUGAGGUUACAGACCCAAGAGAAGCGGGACAAGGUGGAGAAUGAAUGGCAAGCGUUCAUGGCAGCGAAGCAGCACACAGCAGUGACAGCGCUAAGCCGGUGCCUGGGUAAACAAGCGGCUCAAGCCAAAGUGGAGUCGACCCUGGCAGCAGAGCAGCUUCGGCAGGACCAGCUGAUCGAGCUGCGGCUAAAGAACAUCAAGCUGAGGAUCAAGAUUCACAGGCUGGAAGCAGAGCUCCGAGACGGGGAAGAACGCGACCGGGACCCCCUACAGGUGCAGUUUGAACAGCUGCAGGCUGCGAGGCUGGAACAGAAAAAACAAAGAGAAAAGCAAAGUGAAGAAUUGUUAAAGCUGGAGAACAAGAUCAGGAGCAGCUUGGAGCUCCUUUCAAAUGUGAAGGAGAAGCUGUCCUGGAGCCAGAUGGAGGUUCAGACCAAGCGAGAGCAGCUGGCCGAGGUGGAGGCCAUGGUGGCCAGGAAGAGAGACCUCCUGACCAGGACCAAACAGGCACGCAACAGCCUGCAGAGAGACAACCUGAGGCUAAAGGAGUGUCGUGGACUGCUGGGGAACAGGGCUCUGCUGCGGGACUUUGGGGACACUGUGGAUGCCACUGACCACCUGGAGGAGCAGCUGGAGAAACUCAAGUGCCGGCAAGCUGAAAUAGCCUUCGCCUGUGGCAGAUGGAAGAAGAAUCUGGAGACAACUGAAUGA